AUGGCUACCGAAUUAAAAGAAUACGAGGCCGAUAUCGACGUGCCAAUUGAAUCUAUUCAAAACAUUGACAAAAAUGUCCUACACAAACUUCCUAUCAAGACCAAGAUCCUGUCGGUCAAACCGCACAGCACCAGUUUAUGGACCCGUACUGCAUGUUUGAACGUUGAGACGGAUGGCCAACCGGGGCGGUACUUCCUCAAGACAACAUUCGGUGAGCGAGGCCGUCUGAUGGUGUCUGGAGAAUUCAGCUCGAUGAGCAGGAUCUAUUCUGUCAGCCCGGACCUCGUCCCUCGCCCUAUUGCAUGGGGCACCUACGACUCAAUGGCAGAUGUGCACUUUUUCCUCUGCGAGUUUCGCGAGAUGAAGGAAGAGCUACCCGGCCUCGAUAGUUUUCCCGCCAGAAUGGCCUACUUGCACCGUAAUGCCACCUCUGAGAAUGGAAAAUUUGGGAAUGAUAUGACAACAUUCCAUGGAAACACCCCGAUUGAACAUGGCUGGUCUGACACUUGGGAGGAGUACUUCACUAGGACCACCCGUGUCCUUCUUGAAAUGGAGCAAAAGGUCCAGGGACUAAAUCAAGAGAUUUUAGACUUGUCGGAGCCGUUCUUUGAUAAGGUCAUUCCACGACUAUUGAGACCUUUGGAAACAGGAGGAAGAUCUAUCCGGCCAGCGCUCAUCCAUGGCGAUCUCUGGCAUGGGAAUGCGGCCAUGGAUGCAUCCAGCGGCGCGCCUAUCAUUUACGACGCCGCAUCAUUUUAUGCCCAUAAUGAAUACGAACUUGCUGUUUGGAGGCAGCCCUGGAACAAUAUUGGUACAGCGUACCGCCUGGAAUACUGUAAACAUUUUCCUCCAUCCCGGCCAGAAGAAGACUUUGAUCAUCGUGGCGAAUUGUACGCUACUCGCGUCAAUAUACUUGACUCUAUCCUCUAUAAUAAAGAUCAUCAUUAUCGCCAGAUGCAAGUGAAUCUCUCAUAG